AUUUAUUACAUUCUUGAUUCAUCUGAUAUGUGUGUGUGUUUAUGUAAGCUAAAUUAUUUAUCUGAAUUCCAGUAUUGUAUUCUUGAAUAGUAGGGAAGACUUUUUCCUAAAGAUAGUUGAUGUAUUUCAUCAGUAGUAAGGAUAAUAUAUAAUUGUAGAUUUUCGAUAUUUAUAUUGGAAGCUACGAUACGAUACUUUAAAAGAAGAAAGUCAUUCAGUAAACUAAAAUAAUUCUCUAGUCUGUAUACAGAUAAAAUAACUACUCAAAAUAGAUGCAAAUGAUGAAAUACUGCACAUUAUUUAUUAAAAUGAAAGGGUAUUCUAUUAAUAAUAACAACUGUGUAUAUUACUUGAUGAUCCAUAAAUCCUAUUCAUACUCUUACCUUAUAGUGCUAUGCUAUGUUAAAUACUUGGAGUCGAUUAGUCCAGAUUGUAUUCUCGAGCAAUCAAAUGCAUACUAAAACUAUAUCUAUCUUAUAGGAGAAAUAAAAAAGACAAAAAGAAAAAAAAAACAAAGCUCCUUUGUUAUUUAGGAGAAUAUUACAAUGAAAAAGAAUAUUCAGAAAGCUAGUUUUAAUCAGAAAGAGGAGAUAAAAUACUUUACAAGAAAUUGUUGUUGUUGACAUAAUCAAUAUUUUGAUUGUUAUUUAUAAUAGGAC